CCUGUCGUGCUCUGAGGUGCGCAUGAGGAGCGACGUGGCAAUCAAAAGCAUCUUUGUCUUGGAGAGAUUCAGACGGUUUUCUUUUGUGUUGUUUUUAGUUUGGGUAGGGGUUCUGAGGACCACCGGCUGACUGAAAAGAACUGGGAUUUCUUAAAGAGUUGGGGUGAAUUUAAAGGGAGGGAGCCAUGACCUCCCUCCUGAUGCGAAUCUUUCGGUUGGGUGUGGAGAAAAAGCGAGUUCGGCACUACGAAAAUCUGAAGAGGGAUGUGGAUCCACACCUGACAUGGGAGACUAUGGGAGAACUGGGAGAUGGAGCUUUUGGGAAGGUCUAUAAGGCACAGAAUCAGACUACGGGAGUCCUGGCAGCUGUUAAAGUGAUUGAAGUGCGCGGUGAAGAGCAGCUGGACGACUACAUCACUGAGAUAGACAUCCUAGCAUCCUGUCGCCAUACAAACAUCAUCUCGUUGCUGGAUGCCAUCUUCUUUGAGGACUGGCUGUGGAUCCUGAUCGAGUACUGUCCUGGAGGCGCUCUGGAUGAUAUCAUGUUGGAACUGGAGCGUGGCCUUACAGAGCAGCAGAUCAGUGAGGUGUGCUGUCAGUCUCUGCAGGCUCUGUCUUACCUGCACCAGCAUCACAUUAUACACAGAGACCUGAAGGCGGGCAACAUUCUGCUCACCAUGGAUGGACAAGUCAAACUAGCUGACUUUGGUGUGUCUGCAAAAAACGACAACACCCUCCAAAAACGAUCAACUUUCAUUGGAACUCCAUACUGGAUGGCACCUGAGGUGAUAAUGUGUGAAACGUCAAAGGACAAUCCCUACACGACUAAAGCUGACAUCUGGUCACUGGGCAUCACUUUAAUUGAGGCCGCUGAGAUGGAGCCUCCUCAUCAUUCUCUCAACCCCAUGAGGGUCUUGCUGAAGAUCACCAAAUCUCCACCACCCACACUCUCUAAUCCUCGCCAAUGGUCAUCGCAUUUCCAAGAUUUUCUACGGAGAACCUUGCAGAAGAAUCCAGAGUCUCGUUGGGGAGCCCAACAGCUCAUGGCCCAUCCUUUCUCUUAUGCGGGACGAGAUGGACGAGCCCUUAAAGAACUCAUCGCUGAGGCCAAAGCAGAGGUCACUGAGGUCAUAGAGGCUGAGUCUUUAUUAGAUCUCGAAUGUCCUGCGAAGGAGAUGAUCGCCACAGAGUCAGAGCAAACAGUGGCACAACCAGGACAAGCAGUUGAAGAACAAGGACCACAAGAACCUGAGACCCCUCAGAAAAGCUCUGUUCCAGAUGCUGUUCCUCAAUCUCCCACAGACUCCGAGCCAAUAGUUGAGGUUAAAGUGACCCGCAGGGCUUCCCAGGCCACAGACAAAGCUCAGAAGAGGUCAAGACGCCUCUCGGUUCCAGGAAAUCUCCUCUCGUUUUUUACUGGAGGCUCCCGUCGUAAAUCUGGAUUCUGGGGUGACAGUCCGCUUGUUCAAGGAAAUAAGGACUCAGAUGUUUCAAGUGCAGCUGUGGGAACUGGCAAAGAAAGUGAAAGCACUGACAAACUGAAGGAGCAAACAUCUGACUUAGGUAAUGCUCCAAUUAAUGAGGCUGCUGACACCAAAGACAAGGAAGCUAAAGUAGAAACUGACAAGGAGGUAAACCGGACCUCAAACCACUCAAGCACACCACCACAAACAGAGUUACCAACAGAUUCCUCAGAAAAGGAAACACUAGAUCUCACAAAGGAGGACACUGAAAAUGUGAAGCCUGAUGAUUCAGGAAACAACGACCAAACAUUUUGGAAAUCCCUCCAAACACCUGCUAUUAUCAACGAAGACACAGCACAUCCACAAAGCACACCGAUCAUAGCUUUGUGUUUGGAAACACCAGCAGCUAAAAGGCCUGAAAAGAAUGAGGGAAAUUAUAAAUAUGAGUACCUUAAUUUGGCCUGUCCUUUGAAAACGUGCAAUUCUCCUCCUGCUUUAGAUAUAAACAAAAUCUUAACUGUAGAGAUGCCUUCUAAUAAUGUUCCUGAAGAAGUUUCUGACCUCAAAAAAGCACAACAGAAAACCGAACCAUCAGAAAAUGAUGCUGUUGAAGGAAGAACCGAGGAAGAUGUAGAAGAACCAGGAGAACUGGAGACAGAUGGAGGAACGGUGGAUGCAACAAAAGAGGAAAUCAGUGAAAAUGGCAAGGACUUUGAUGAGGUGAAAGAAGAACAUAUAACCGCCAAUGAAGAUGACAUUACCAUGAAGGUCGAGUGUGAGGAUGUCAAUGAAGCGAUCAAGGAAGAGCAUAUUACUACUGAGAUAGGCCAUGAAGAAGUCAACUCAAGCAAUGAAAAGUCUGAGGAAGAGGAAAGCUGUGAAAAAGACCAAGAUCUUUGUACAGAAACAGAGGAAGAGGAGCAUUCAUCCAACAAGGAAGAUGUUGAACAUGAAGAUUUAGACUCAAGAAACCAAAACAGUGAGAGCACAAGAAAAUCUGACGAGGAGGUAGAAAUACCAACCCAAGAUGAGAUGACCACUGGUUCACAGAUGGCAGAGAUACCAUGUCAAAAUCAAGAAGACACCAGUUCUGAAGGAGAAAAGAUCAUCAUUGGUACUGCUGGUGAUCAAGACAGAACAAGUCCAACAGAAGUCUGUUCUGAAAAGAAAGAAGAUGGGACAGAUUCUGAAGAACCUAAACAAGAGCUUCACAUGGAUACUAGUAUACAGAACGUUACAGAAGAGCCAUCAAAGCUUCUUGUUGAUGUUUCUGGACCAAAGUUGAAAAGGCAAGUGAUGUUUGCAGUUCAAGAGGAUGAAAAUGAGCAAGAAAGGCCACUUGCAAAUGGCUUGAAAAAUGUAGACUUAAUACCACCUCAUGAAUCUAAUGGAUCCACACCUAAGGAAUCUAAUGAAGACAUUAUUGCACCUCUUUCCCCUACUGAAAGUCUGUCUCCUGGAAUUGAAGGGGAACUGCACCCAAGCAGGCGAACCGUUAAGAGGACACGUAAAUUUAUGGUGGACGGUCGUGAGAUCAGUGUCACCACUUCCAAAGUGGUUAGUGAGGGAGACAUGAAGGAGCAACAACUGCGCUGCAACAGACGGCAGGAACUGCACGCGUUGAAACUUUUGCAGAGAGAAGAGCAGAGAGAACAUGCCCAGCUUGAGCAGAAGCUACAGCAGCAGCGAGAGCAGAUGUUCCGCCACAUAGAACAAGAGAUGACUAGCAAGAAGCAGUACUAUGACGGUGAGCUUGAGAGACUUGAGAAACAGUACCAGCAGCAAAGCAGUCAGAUGGAGGCUGAGCACACAUCCCGUCUCAGGGAGGACGCACGCAGACUCAAGGCCCAGCAGGAGAAAGAGCUGAGCCGCAGGAGCAGUGCACUGAAAGCGGACCCUAAAGAGGAGCAGCGCUUCCUGCAGAAGCAGCAGCAGGAGCUGAAUGAAGCUCUGCAGAAAGGCGUUCAGGAACAUAAGAGGAAGGUGGCUUCCAUGGAGUGGGAGAUUACUGUCAAAUCUCAGCAGCUCAAGCGAGCUCGUGAGGCAGUGAUUUGGGAGUUAGAACAGCGCCAUCUACAGGAGAAGUACCAUCUAUUCAAACAGCAGGUGAAGGAGCAGUACUCCCUACAAAGACAGCAGCUGACCAAGAGACACAACAAGGAUAAGGAGAGAGCGUCUCGGUUCCAGCAAGCUCUACUGGAGGAACAGAAGUCAUUGCAGGCCCAGGAAAGAGUAUCCUUCCAGAAGGCCCAAAAAGCUGAAGCAAAGUCCUGUUUGAAUCAGUUCAAGAUGGAGCUCAGAAAGCAAGGUCUGAGUGGUCCUGAGCAGCGACAACGUCUCACACAGUUCUUGUCAGAGGAGGAGGCAAGACAGAAGCAAGAGAGACAGAGUCUUCAAGAGAGUCAUGAGAAGCAACUGAAUGUGGUGCAGGAACAAUGUGAUGCCAGUGCAGCUGAACUACAGCAGCUUCAGAAUGAGAAGCUCCAAAUUCUUGUGGACAUGGAGAAGAAAAAGAUCAAAGCUCUGGAGGAUGAACACACUCUGGAGCUCAACGAAUGGAGAGAUAAGCUUGCAUGUAGAAAAGAGGUGUUAGAGGAAGACCUCGCUCGCAGACGUAGAGAAAAGGAAGGAAACAGAAGACGAAGUAGUGAGCCGGAAAACCGGCAUGCAGCUCGCCGUUCAAAGUUCUUCCAUAAUCUAAGCUUUUCCUGACAAAGUUAAGAAAUACUCUAAACCCCAAUGUCUUUAUAAACAGUAUAUGUACACUACUUUUUGAAGGUUUUGGGAAAUUGUUGACUUUUUUGCAUUCAAUUUAUCAAAAGUGACAGUAAAGACAUAAAAUGUUUAUUUUAAUUUGUAAUAAUAUUUCACACUAUAACAAUUUUUACUGUAUUUUUGCUGAAAAAAACGUUGGUAAGAGACUACUUUUAAAAACAUUAUUACCGACCCAAAACUUUUGAACAGAAGUGUAUGUAUGUAUGUAUGUAUGUACGUACGUGUGUGUGUGUGUGUGUGUGUGUGUGUUUG